AUGGAGAGUAUGAAAUAAGCUAAAGAAUAAUUGUAGGAUAAAGAAUUGAAUAAUAACCGAACCAUGAGAUCAAUAAGCGAUAAAAUCGAUGACUUUUUCGGUUGGCAACAUAAUUAUAAAUAAGACAGUUUAGUAAGAGGAAUUAUUCAUGGGUGUUAUCAUGGGUUGUGGGGUGUAUUAAAAUAUAUGGCAUCAAAUACAGUGGGAUCUUAAAGAGAGUUUAAAAGAGCAAAAGAUUAAUUUUAAAGGAAUGGAAGAGCUAGAGAAUGA